AUGUUGAAGAGCACGAUCGCCCUUCUCUUCCCUCUCGCCUGCACUGUCACGGCAACCCCCAUCGUCCAGAGGCAAGAUGUCGAUUGUGCCCCGAAUUCGUCCUCGGGCCUCAAGGCAGAGUGCUGGGAGGCACUGGAGAUGGAUAAGUACAUCAACGACUGGAUGGCAACCAACAGCGCCGCUGCCGGGUGUGACACCCUGGGGUUUGCCCAGUGCUACCUCCAGUUCAACGGCCUGACCACUCUGACCUGUGACGACAUCACGUCUUCGACGUGUCCUCCUCCCUCGUCGACCGUCUCCUAUUCUAGCAACCAACAUUUCUACGCUCUCUGGAACAUCUACGCAGUUCACCAGUUCUUCAACCAGUACUCUCAAGCACUGAGCAACGGCGUGGCUCUCGCAGGCCAGACCGUGGACAAGAUCGUAGCAACCGUGGCUCCACCCGUCGAGGCCCAGCAGCCCGCGAGCUCGUUGAUGAAGGUCCUCGGAUCGACCCUCGGCGUCGUCAGCCUCUUCACGGGCGUGCUCCCCGGCGGCACCGGUGACGCGAUCCGGCUGAUCCACAGCGGUCUGGCCCAGGCCCUGUCGCUGAAGAAGGAGCUCCCAGACACGCUCGUCAAGCCGUCGCAGACGGCCAACGACCGCUUCAUCCAGCUCGGCAACAUUGGCUCUUCGCUCGCCAACCUCGUCGAGGACUACCAGAAGAACGUGCUCGACACGGUCGUGGCCCUGCAGCGCAACCACACGCUCUUCGCGACGGCCUGCGGCCAGGGCGGCUUCUCGCAGCGCGUCACGACGUCGCUGACCAUCCAGUCGAGCCAGCUCUACCGCCAGCUGCAGCUCUACGUGCUCUCGAGCGCCCUCAAGGCCAACGGCAUCGUCUCGGCCAAGAGCCCCGGCGUCGACGCCCUCCAGUUCGCCACCGAGACGGACCAGAUCUCCUGCACCGGCCUCAGCAACGGCGGCUUCUGCAACCAGUGGUGGCUCGACGGCCAGGGCAGCACCUACUCGUUCCACAACCCGCGCGACACGCGCAACACGCACGUCGCCCUCACACGCACCAUUGUCGAGGAGGGCUGGGCCACGCUCGACCAGGUCUUCCGCGUCGAGGACUGCGCCGGCCGCGAGCCCGAGUUCGACGUCGGCUCCCUCGGCGUCACCUGCAUGGCCUCGCACGGCUUCUGCGAGUGGAACUACCAGCCCACCACCAUGGACGCCCGCCGCGAGCCCCAGUUCAAGAACUGUCCCGACGACGGCAACUGGGGCUAUCUCUGCAGCAGCUUCUCCCACCAGAUCCUCGUUCCCGAGUCGUACUUGGGCCCCCUCCUCAUCAGGGACACAUUCGGCGUGACCCAGAUCUGCAAGAAGCGUUAG